AUGGCUCCAACUGGCAUUUAUCGCGAUCAUGAAGUGAUUGAUUUACUCUCCGAUAGUGAGACGGAGGACGAGGAUCUUGCAAGACACGAAUUGGAGGCCUUCGACGCACGAUCUGCAGCAGAAUUCGCUCUCGACUUCCCGGAUCUGGAUGAUCCUAUCGCAGAGUUCCGCGCAGAAUUCCAGGCAAAUGACCGUCAAGUGAUCGACUUGACCGACAUUCCAGACAUUGACGUUCCGCCGUCUGACGCUGUCGUGGCAGAAGACGACAGACCACCGCCCGAGGGACGAGCUCCAGAUUGGGGUGAGCAGAUCGCAUUGGUCACCGAAGCUGCCUGUUUGCAGAUGAUUUUGAGCGUGCUGCCGGAUAUCUCGGUCGAUUACGUCCUCAAUUUGACCCAAGAAAAGAUGACAGACACCACACGAACAACCGCACAAUGCGAGCAUUUCCUCACGGAGUUAUUGGAAGGCGAGCCAUAUCCAAAAGAAUCAGACGACGCGAAGAACAAGAAGAGAAAGAGGGAUGACGAAGCCGAGGGUGAGUUAAGCACCUACGAGAAGGGCGAGCGUGACCCCGAGAUCGGCGGUUAUGAACAUGACGCAACAGAGCUACUCAAAGACGAAUUCCUCACUGUACCCGUGCGGCAUAUCACGACCGUUCUCAAACAGCAGCAGACUCUUUACAAGGCCUACGGUGUCAUUGAACAACAAGUGCGCAACUACGGACAAAUUGCCAGGACAUAUUCGAAGAUAAACAAAUCACGCAUCAAGCGCGGUAUUGAACUCCAGUUGAUUGAGCAAGGCAGUCAGAUACCCAAGGAGUUGCACGCAGCGAAGAAGAAGAGCGAAGCUGAAGCUGCCAAACGCCAAAAGGUCAAAGACGAGGAAAAGGCGGAAGAAGACAACUUAAAACGAGCGCAAAUGAACAAUGAAAUGGGUGAAUGCGCAUGUUGCUUCAACGACGUUCCUCUCAACCGCAUGAUAAGUUGCAACGGAGACACGACCCACUUCUACUGCGUAGACUGUCCCCGUCAACAGAUCGAGACGCAGAUGGGUCAAUCUCGAUGCAGACCCAAGUGUUUCGGAGUCGACGACUGCAAUGGAACGUUCACCCGGCGACAGUUGCAACAGGUUCUGAGCGACAAGACAUUCGAGCGACUCGAGCACAUGCAGCAAAGAGAAGACUUGGAAGCGGCGGGUUUGGACUUCCUCUCGGAGUGCCCAUUCUGCGACUUCAAAAUGGAAUGUUUGCCGGUCGAGGUCGACAAGGAGUUCCGCUGUCAAAACCCCAAAUGCAGCAAGACGAGUUGUCGCCUUUGCGAAAGGGAGUCUCACAUCCCACUCAGCUGCGAGGAAUUUAGGAAGGAUGGCCAAAUUACCCUGCGACACAUUGUCGAAGAAGCGAUGAAUGUGCAAUGCUACGUCUGCUCCAAGAACGUGACAGACUAUAACCAUUUCGGCGAGUCUCGUGCAGGCAAAUGUCCACUACACGAAAACGUCGAAGACCGCCACGAACAGGAGGUCAAGCGCGCAGCCGAUGAGGCCAUGGCCAAAGUCCGAGUCGAUAAUCCAGGCCUUUCAGAUGCAGAUUUGAUGGUCAAGGUCUCAGAUCGAGUGAAGCAAGCAGAAGAUGCACGGAAAGGUCGAGCAGGCAUAGAAGCGCAAGCCUUCCCUUACCACAUGGUCGGAGAGCAGCUCAGGCGAGCCCCCAUGGUGGCCCCAGUACCUGCGCCGCCGGCUCACCUCAAUGGAAUAGCAGCAAAUGUCGCCCCAGCAGAUCGACCUCGGCUGUUCAAUGCCCUCUGGGCCAUGCUCCCACCCAACCCCCUUCCGCAACUCGGCAUUGGGAGGGGACAAGUCAACGGACCAGGCCAACCAGCUCGCCUUCCCGAAGCUAAUGGAGCUAUUGAUCGAAUCAAUGAACGGGUUCGCCAGCGCAAUGCCCGACCGGAAUUGGGCGGCCCUCAUCGAAUUGUCAACGGCGAACAGGCGCAGCGCGAUGCUCGCGAGGCUUUCCGUUUCCUAGACAAUGUUCGACUUGGCCAGGAUCAGCAGCAGAUAGCCGUGCCUAGGCAACAUGGAAUCGCAGCAGAGCGCGCGCGGUUGGGUGUGGGGGAACAGAAUCUUGAGGCUCUGCUUGAGGCGCGACGGGUAGCAGCAGCUGCGAUGGUAGCUGAUAGGCGACGGCGUCGUGGUAUGGCGCCCCAGGCCCCUGGCAGAUAG